AACAACAGAAGAAGCUCAUGAUUUAAGUGCCAUGACUGUUGAGAUGCUGCAAAGGAAGCUCCUUACACAUGAAAUGGCCAUGAAAAAUUAUGAAAGUGAUGAUGAUACUCGGAAGAAGAAAUCUGUAGCUUUCAAAAGCUCUUCCAAAGAUGAAAGUGACAGUGAUGAAGAGGAUGAUGAAGAAUUUGUAUUGCUUGCUCGAAAGUUCAAGAGAUUCUUAAGGAGAGAUAGGCUGAAGAAUCAAGGACAGCAAAAGAAAUACUACAAAAGCAGUAAAGGAAAGGGAGAAAGUAGUAAAAAGGAUGAGAUUAUCUGCUACAAAUGCAAGAAGGCUGGACAUAUUAAAUCUGAGUGUCCAAACAAUGAUGAAAAUAGUCUAAAAGCCAAAAAGAAAAAGAAGGCAAUGGUUGCCACAUGGAGCUGCAGUGAGGACUCAUCUUCUAGUAAAGAAGAAGGUGACAUGGAAGCUCAUUUUUGUCUAAUGGCAAAUGAUGAUACAAAUGAGGUUGUUUUGGAUGAUGAUGCAGGUGAAAUUCAAACAAGGUUUGGAGAGCUACAUCUUGAAGAAAAUUCUGGAAAAGAAGAAGGCUCACAAAAACAGAAUGAUGUUCCUUACCAAGACUUUCCAAAGACAUGGAAAUUCAAGAAAGAUCAUCCUAAAGAUCAGAUCAUUGGUGACAUAGAAAAUGGGGUAACAACAAGAUCUCACUUUGAUUUUGUCAAUAAUUUUGCAUUUAUUUCUCAUAUAGAACCUAAGAAUGUCAAUGAUGCAUUAGAGGAUGAAAAUUGGUUCUUAGCAAUGCAAGAGGAAUUAAAUCAUUUUCAAAGAAGUAAAGUAUGGAAUCUUGUACCUUGUCCUAGUGAUCACCCUAUCAUAGGUACUAAAUGGGUUUUUAGAAAUAAGUUAGAUGAAAAUGGUCAUGUUGUUAGAAAUAAAGCAAGACUUGUUGCUAAGGGAUAUAGUCAAGAGGAAGGUAUAGACUAUGAUGAAACAUACGCACCAGUUGCUCGAUUAGAAUCUAUACAUAUGCUAUGUGCAUUUGCAUGCCAUAUGAACAUGAAACUUUUUCAAAUGGAUGUUAAAAGUGCAUUUUUAAAUGGAUUCAUUAAGGAAGAAGUUUAUGUUGAGCAACCCCCUGGUUUUGAGGACCCCUAUUUCCCAGAUCAUGUAUUCAAGUUAUCUAAGGCUUUGUAUGGGUUAAAACAAGCUCCUAGAGCUUGGUAUGAAAGACUAAGUGGGUUCCUAAUUGAAAAAGGUUUUUCUAGAGGAAGAGUUGACACCACUCUAUUUAUAAAGCAUCAUGAAAAGGAUUUCUUAAUUGUUCAAAUCUAUGUAGAUGACAUAAUAUUUGGUGCUACUAAUGAACUUCUUUGUGAGAAUUUUUCUAAGCUUGUGCAAGGAGAGUUCGAGAUGAGUAUGAUGGGAGAAUUAAAUUUCUUCCUUGGUCUACAAAUCAAGCAGAGUAAUGAAGAGAUUUUCAUUAACCAAACAAUGUAUACCAAAGAGUUGUUGAAAAAGUUUGGGAUGGAAAAGGCUAAGCCUCAACCCACACCAAUGAGCUCAACCCUCAAACUGGACAAAGACGAGCAAGGUAAGCCUUUUGAUCAAAAACUUUUUAGAAGCAUGAUAGGUUCAUUAUUAUACUUGACAGCUAGUAGACCUGAUAUUAUGUUCAGUGUGUGCUUGUGUGCUCGUUUUCAAUCAUGUCCUAAGGAGUCUCAUUUUACUGCAUUAAAAAGAAUCUUUAGAUAUCUUAUAGGAACACAAAACUUAGGUCUUUGGUAUCCCAAAGGAAUGAAUUUUGAUUUAAUUGGUUUCUCAAAUGCUGACUUUGCUGGUAGUAAGAUUGAUAGGAAAAGCACUAGUGGAACUUGUCAAAUUUUAGGAAGUUCUUUGGUUUCUUGGUACUCUAAGAAAGAAAAUUCAGUUGCCUUGUCAACUACUGAGGCUGAGUAUAUUGCAGCUGGUAGUUGUGCAACUCAACUUUUGUGGAUGAAACAACAAUUAGAGGAUUUUGGAUGCAAACUUGAAAGUAUUCCAAUUAGAUGUGAUAACACUAGUACAAUCAAUCUAACCAAGAAUCCAAUUCAACAUUCAAGAACAAAACAUAUUGAAAUUAGAUAUCAUUUCAUUAGAGAACAUGUGAACAAUGGUGACUUAACACUUGAAUUUGUUAAAACUAAAAACCAGUUGGCUAACAUAUUUGCCAAACCUUUGAGUGAAGAACGAUUUUGUUUAAUAAGACAUGGCAUAGGGAUGUAUGAUCCAACUUGUUGAACUUUAAUUAUUAAAGUCCAGUUGUAUUA